AUGGAAGGUGAAUACUCGGUCAUUGAUUUCAACGCUGUCGAUUCAACGGGCGAGCCCCUGCAAUCCUCAGCGAAAAGGCGGAAUUCAAAGAAGUAUCCACGGAAGGACGAAUGGGCGAUGGGUGAAGCACAGGAAGAUUUGGGUCUACCAAAAUCUGACGGGUCCAAUAUCAUGUCGACCAGCAGGCAUACAGACCGGAUUGAUGGGACUCUCGAUCCGUACAUAGAUGACUUCUGUAUGUACGAGGAUUGGCCUCCCGCUUCUCCCGCUGCCGAUGAGAAUAUCGGGUUUACCAUUAAUAGUGGGUGGUCUAGUACAUUCUUUCCAGUAUAA